AUGGAUUCCAAAUUUGCAGAGCUCGUCUUUCUUCCUGUCCCAGAAAUUGGCCAUUUUCUAUCCAUGGUCGACCUCGCCAAGCGCCUUGUCAACCGCCACCAUCGCCUUUCCGUCACCAUCCUCACCUACUCCACCUUCUUCGCCACCGUCCAACUACCCUCCUCCGCCGCCUCUCUCCCCGGAAUCCGCUUUCUCAACCUUCCCCACGUCGACCCACCUCCCCUCCAAGGCGUCUCCGGCGAGGCAUGUCAGUCUCUUUUCCAACAACACCUCAAACCCCACGUCAAACACGCCAUCACCACCCGACACGGUGGAGACACCGAGUCCGAUCCCAAGUACUCUUCACGACUCGCUGGGUUAGUGCUGGAUUUCUUCUCCACCGCCGUCAUCGAUGUAGCCGACGAGCUCGGAGUCCCGGCGUACGUCUACUUCCCCAGCGGAGCGGCAUUUCUGGGGUUCUUGCUUAAUCUCCCGGCUCUCGAUUCUCAACUCGGUGGACUCGCCACCGAGUUGACCAUCCCGAGUUUUUUCGAACCGGUUCCGACUAGUGAACUGCCGUCGGUCUUUCUGGAGAAAGACCAAGAUGGGUACCACUGGAUGCUCUACCACGCCAGGAGGUUCCGAGAAACAAAGGGCAUUAUCGUAAAUUCAUUCACCGGCCUCGAACCGGGUUUGGCCGACUUGGUUUCGAAGGUAGAUUGUCCGCCCGUCUACCCGGUCGGACCGCUACUAGAUCAGAUCGAAGCGGACCGGUCCGGCGAAGAUCGCAUCAUGAAGUGGCUUGAUGAUCAACCGGUGGGGUCAGUGGUCUUCCUCUGCUUCGGGAGCAGGGGAGCUUUUGGUGUGGGUCAAGUUCAUGAGAUAGCGCAUGGACUCGAGCACAGUGGAUACAGGUUCUUGUGGUCCUUACGUCAGCCACCGAGGGUCAAACACCUUCCACCGUCAGAUCAUACGAAUUUCGACGGAGUCUUGCCGGAGGGGUUCUUAGAUCGAACAGCGGAGAAGGGCUUGGUUUGUGGGUGGGCCCCACAGUUUAAGAUCCUGUACCAUCCAUCAAUCGGAGGGUUCGUAUCGCACGGUGGGUGGAACUCCAUCAUGGAGAGCUUGUGGUGCGGUGUACCGAUUUUGGUGUGGCCUAUAUAUGCAGAGCAAAAACUCAAUAGGUAUAGAAUAGUGAGGGACUUGGGAUUGGGUGUGGAGGUCACAGAGAACGAUGAGGACAUGAACGGCCGUGAUUUGUUGAUGGCUUACACGGACGGUGGACAUUUGGUGAAGAGGGAGAAGGUGAAGGUAGCAGUGAAGGCGUUGAUGGACGGUGAAAGUGAGGUGAGGAGGAAGGUGAAGCAGAUGAGUGAGACGUGUAGGGAGACCGUGAGGGACGGUGGAUCUUCAUUUGCUUCAUUGGGACAAUUUAUCACCGAUCUUUUUGCUAGCAUGAAGAAAUAA